AUGUCUACAAAAGCAAGAGAAACUACCAAAUCGAUCUUCAUGCAUGAUCUCGACAUGGUCCAUGUUGCGGUUGUUCCUGUAACUCCACCUACUCCUGUAAAAUGUAAUCUUGAAGAAAUUUUGAAACCUCCUGCAAAACGUCAGGCAGUGAAAGAACUUCGUGAAGGCCAGAAAAUGGGUCACUUCACUCGACAGAUGAUCUACAAGCGGACAGAAAAGGAAUGGAAGAGCAUUCCGAAGAGUUACCCAAUUGCCCCUCAGCGACCAUAA